CCGGGAACUCGAACCAGACGCGUAACAUUGCACGACUGGAGAGGUAAGAUCCAGAACUUCACACGGGAGACGGGUCGACGUCGAGGAAGGGAACGACCAGACCCGAUCUGGAUUCCAGAAAGACUGACAAGGAGAGUGACAGAUAAGAAAGAAGAGGAACGACAAGAGAACACGAGGCAUGAUAAUGAAACGUCUGACAUGGAUACUGAUGGGACUAUGGUUGACAUUUCCCAUGACGAUAUCAAAGGAUGUGACCCUGUGGGCCAUUGCGAGAACAUGGCCAAUACCUAAGCCAGUGUUCUCUAGUGAUAAGAUGUUUCCUCAAUUGUAUAAUAGAGACUGUCAGUUAGAAAUACCGUGCAAAACACCACAAAAUAUGCAACAAAUGCGAUAUAAUGCCACUAAUGUUACCCUCUAUAAUAGCUUGUGUUUUUCUAUGAACUCGCAGAGUCCCUGUAUACAGAUUCUUUCAUAUAACCUUAGUUGGAUAUAUGAUCCCUUUAAAUAUCUAAAUCCUGACCUCUCGAUCCCAAUGGUGCUCGAGGCCCUUACAAAGAUUGCUCUAGGGAGCACAAAUGGAACAGGAGGAGGAGGUAAUAGCACCGUGGCUAAUGUCACUACACUCCUGAUCACAGCCAACAUAACAGUUCCUUUUUUAAUACAGACAGGAACCAAUUCCAGUGCUUCAUGGAACAUAUCUAGACCUGUACCAAAGUGCAUCACUCGGGAAUUCAGCUAUCCCCCGCGAUUUGGUGAUUGCACAGAAAAUGUAGAAACCCAAGAACCGUAUAAAUUUUCUCCUAAAUUCAAAUUAUAUCAGAAACCCAGAGCGGGCAAUCCUUUAGCCUCCUGGGUAUUGUGGAAUAGACGUGGAGCUAGUAUGGAUUUGUCCCCUUUGGCAAGGCUUGAUUCUAUUAAUAUAAGCCUCUAUAAUGCUAGUGGCAGUUAUAACAUAACUAGUCACGUACUCAGUAACUUUACAUCGCAUUCUUUGCAUAAUAUGAGCCUCCUGUCUAGUCAUGUUUGUGUCGAUCCUCCCUUUAUUUUUCUUUUGACAGAUAAACAAGAUAAUGGGACGAUAAUAGAAUGUGCAGGAAAUGAUACAUGCUAUUUAACCCAGUGUUGGAAUGGAACCCAGAAAACUAUGGUAGUAAUGCGUGUACCUACCUAUGUUCCUAUACCAGUAGUGACUGACCCAGAGGAAUUUCCUCUAGCAGUUUUGUUUCGACAGCCACGGGACUUUGGGGUUAUAGCCAUUGUAACGGCAAUUGUCGCCUCUGCCGCAGCGGCUGUUACGGCGGGAGUGGCCAUGGCUUCCACUGUUCAAACUGUGCAGACUAUUAAUGACGUCGUAAAAAGAUCAUCAGACGCUCUAUUUGUCCAGGAACGCAUAAAUGAUCAUCUGGCUUCAGGGGUGCUACUAUUAAAUAAACGCAUGGACUUGCUGCAAGCAGCUAUGGAAGAUCUUUUUGAAGUCACCAGCCUAGGUUGCGUUCAGAGACUGCACCAUAUGUGUGUUACGCCAUAUCCAGCCUCUCUAAAUGAGUCAAGAAAACUUGGGUCUUAUCUAUCAGGGAACUGGUCUAUGGAAUUUGGGGAACUUCAGCAAAAUCUUACUAUCAUGAUUUUGCAGCUGAAUGAAACUAGAGCAUCUGUUGUCACUCUGAAAGGGUUUUCUGAUUAUAUAUUACAGGGGUUACAAUGGUUCAAAGAAUGGGUGGGGGUUGGAUUGUUCGGAGCUGUAUUACUAUCAGGGCUAUUGUGUACUCUUUUUGUUCUUUUCCGAUUAGUACGGAGCCGCAAGCGCGAAAAAAUUGCUCUCCUGCAAGCAAUGGCCGCAAUUGAGGCAGGCAGUUCCCCCGCGGUUUGGCUCAGCAUGUUUAAAGAAGCUUAAAGAAUGUCCUUGCACUCAGGGGCCAUAGUGCCAUUGCACCUGAUAAGGAAUUCUUUCAUCUGGGAUAUUGCCUUAGCACUCCGAGAGCUUUUGCUCAUUGCACCGGAAUGGGAGUAUCCCUGAGCACAGGCGCCCCUUGAUCGGCCAGCACAUCAUGAGGUGAAGGCCUGAUCGGGGAUAAGACCUCAUUUGCUGUAAAAAACAAAAAAGGGGGAACUGUGGCAGCAUGCCUACGUGCUAGAGUAAAGGUUGCUUGCAUGCCUACGUG